GUCUAACUAUUCAGAAUACAUACACUCUUUAGGCCCCCUCUUUCUCUCUCACACACAAAACACACUCACAGCGAGAGAAAGUGAUACAGUGUUGAUUAUACACAUACAAAUAUUACUCCACUGGAAAAUUUAGAAGUAGAAGGGCGGGCAGGAAGACUGGCCUGGCUGGGUAUAAAAGGAGCUGAGCUGAGGUGGUGGAGAUAGAGCAUUGCAGCACCUGAUACUGAUGCAUAUGCAGCCCAUGAUGGCAGCCUACUAUCCCAACAACGUCACCACUGACCACAUUCAACAGUACUUAGAUGAGAAUAAAUCAUUGAUUCUGAAGAUUGUGGAGAGCCAGAACUCUGGGAAACUCUCCGAGUGUGCUGAGAACCAAGCGAGGUUGCAAAGAAACCUAAUGUAUCUAGCUGCAAUUGCCGAUUCACAACCGCAGCCUCCCAGCAUGCAUUCUCAGUACGGUUCGGGCGGGAUGGUGCAAGCGGGGGCGAACUUUCUGCAGCCGCAACAGGCGCAGCAAAUGAUGACACAGUCGCUAAUGGCGGCGCGUUCCUCCGUGCUGUAUGGCCAGCAGACGCUGCAACAACAGCAGCAGGCGGCGUUGUACAGCCAGCUGGGGAUGGGUUCCGGCGGCGUGGGGACCAGCGCCGGGCUUCACAUACUGCAGAGCGAGGCGGCUCAUCACCACGGCGCUGGGAGUUUCGGGGAGUUUGAUCGCGCCGCGGCUGGAUUGGGCGCCGGGCUUAAGCCGGAUGAAGCGCGAGGUGGUGGGGGCUCCGCCGUGGAUGGAGGCGAGUCUCUUUACUUGAAAGCUGGCGAUGGUGAACACUGAGAGGGACCGAUGGAUGUGGCGGGCCGGCGCGGGUAGAAGCGAAGCUAAGGGUGCGUGUUUAGUUUAUGAUGUGUAAUGGAAUGUCGUGUUGUCGUGAACUUUUUGAUCCAAAUGUCUUAUGUUGAGAUAAGGUUUAUGCAGUAGACAGUAGUGUACCAAUGUAAAUGUUUAGGUUAUGUUCAAUCUUUUAUGUGCUACUUCCUUCAUCAUA